CAGGAUCGUAACCCAUGUUAUAUGGUGGCCCUCUUUUUUUUUCCACACCAGAAAUACCACAUAACAAUGUUACAUGAUACUCGGGAUACGCAAUAAUUGGCGUAGUAUCGCCAAACUCUCUAUAUAAAUCCUGCCUACCUGCAUUGCCAUAUACCACUACAAAACCACCUCCUUCCCAAAUCCCUCCUCACCUCUAGUUCCCUACUCCUACCAACCCUGCCCCAGAGCUCUCUCUCUCUCUCCCCCCCCCCCCCCCCUCAAUAUCUCCUUCUCAAUCUAGACCAAUGGCGGAAACCGACGUCCGUAACGUCGGCCUCUCAGGAAAGAAGCGAGCCGGAUCCGAUGACAUCGAUCGCGACGAUUACAUGUCAUCGAAAAAGGCGCUCGUAACCAUGCCGCCAUCGUGGGAGGAUCCUGCCGCAGUGCUGGCCAACUCCCGCCACGAAUUCGGCGAGCACGGCGGCGUCAACAUGUCCAUCGAGGCCUCCGCCACAUUCACCGUCAUGGAGCCGGAAACCAUGCGCCGCAUGUUCUCCGGCGAGUUAGGACCCGACCGCGACUUCUUCAUCUACAGCCGCCACUUCAACCCCACCGUCCUAAACCUCGGCCGUCAGAUGGCGGCCUUGGAAGGGACCGAGGCCGCCUACUGCAUGUCCAGCGGCAUGGCCGCGAUUUCCUCGGUUCUGUUGCAACUCGUUAGCAGCGGGGGACACGUGGUGGCGUCGAGGAGCCUCUACGGGGGGACGCACGCGCUGCUGACGCAUUUCUUCCCCCGCGCGUGCAACAUAACGACUACGUUUGUCGAUCUGGGGGAUCUGGAGAUGGUGAAGGAGGCGAUGGUGGAAGGGAGGACGAAGGUGUUGUAUUUCGAGUCGAUUGCGAAUCCUACGCUGGCGGUGGCUAACGUGCCGGAGCUCUGCAGGGUUGCGCACGACAAGGGGGUGAUGGUUGUCGUGGAUAAUACGUUCGCUCCGAUGGUUCUUUCGCCGGCGAGGCUCGGCGCCGACGUCGUCGUUCAUAGUAUCUCUAAGUUUAUCAGCGGUGGGGCCGACAUCAUUGCAGGUGCCGUCUGUGGGCCAGCAAGUCUUGUGAACUCCAUGAUGGACCUCCAUCAAGGGGCCCUGAUGCUACUUGGCCCAACAAUGAAUGCCAAGGUUGCCUUUGAACUAUCAGAGAGGAUACCUCACCUGGGCUUGAGAAUGAAGGAGCAUUGCCACCGGGCCUUGACUUACGCAAGGAGAAUGAAGAAGACGGGCCUCAAAGUCGUCUACCCGGGUCUCGACGAUCACCCGGACCACUGUCUCCUUAAGUCCUUGGCCAACAAAGACUAUGGUUACGGUGGGCUUCUCUGCUUGGACAUGGAAACCGAGGAUAAGGCUAACCGGUUAAUGAACCAAUUACAAAACUUCACCCAGUUUGGGUUCAUGGCAGUUAGCUUGGGCUACCACGAGACCCUCAUGUCUUGCUCUGGUAGUAGCACAAGCAGUGAAAUGAAUGCGGAGGAGAAGGCAUUGGCUGGAAUUUCGCCCGGUUUAGUAAGGAUGUCUAUUGGGUAUAGUGGGACUCUGGAGCAGAGAUGGGGUCAGUUCGAGAAGGCACUCGCAAGAAUACAGGACUCGGGUGUAUUCCCGAAGAAUUGAAGGUUGUGUCGGGUCUUUUUAUGUUGAGAUGGUUUGUCGAGUUUGUAACUUGUUAAUUAUAUGGGCUUCUGCCGCUGCUAUAAUACUUCUUGUUGGAUACUCUUGUGCGUCUAUGCAUAAUAAAAAGGGUUUGAACAGCCUACCCUGGAUCACUUUUGCA